AUAUUUUCUUUUUAAUAUAUGAGUUCGGGGUCAACCCAGUGACGAAUGAUUGUGAACCGGACAAACCGCAAUGCAAAACAAUGGCCCUAGGGUUCAAGAAUUAACAGUUGAAUUGCUGAACAGUUAUCCAUCUCAAGGGAUGGUGUUUCUGUGAUUAUUCACCACUUCGAAGAGCUUUCGGAUCAAAUUCGUCUCUUGCCCCUCUGCACUCUUUUGGGUUUUCUCCUAUUGAAGUACCUAAUAGGUGAUUGUUUCAAUCCAAGACUGCAUUUCUGUAAAGCAUGAAGAGAUCAAUAGCAUGGGAUGAUCAGGUGGAUGUCAUAUUAUCAGACGAAUCCUCUUCUUCUUCUGAUGCAAAUGAUGAUGGGUCUGGCAGCAACCAGUCAAAUAGCAACUUCACAAUUGAUCAACCUCCCGAAGAAAAAAGUUCUGAAGAAACGGUGAUCAGAAGGGCACAAAUGUAUCAAAACUAUAUGAAGCAGAUUCCAAUCCCCACCCUUCGCGGUUCUGUUAUUCCAUUUAACUCAUGGACUGGAUUAUCCAAAUCCAUUAAGAAGUUAUAUGGGCAACCCCUGCAUUAUCUCACCAAUAUUCUGCUAAUCCAGUGGGACAAAAUGAGAAUUGGUGGCGAGGAUGAAGAUAGACCAUUGGAUACCAUCUUUCAUCCUUGUAAAGCUGAAGCCAACAUUUGGCUGAUUGAAGAAGUUCAUCGCGGCACCACAUCCCAUCAUCAUCUAGCAAAACUCUGGCUCUCUGACCCAAUGCCCCAUGCUUUUAUUGAUCCCAUUUUCCCUAGACUAUGAAGAUAGUACAGGAAAACUAUUCUCUCAGCACCACUGGUAUGUAGGGGUUUUAUUUUCUUUUUCUUCUUUUUUUUUUAAAUUUAUUUUCCGAAUAUCAUUAGCCGUGGCCUUGAUUGGUGAAUUCAUUGAAACAUAAUUCAAUUUUUUCGUGAUUCACUU